AUGGAGGCAUCCUCCAAGGGCCGGAAUCUGGCCGUCACCAAGGAUGGCGCGAAAUACAACAAGCUUACGCGCCCCGACGACCUAUCCGACCUGAUCCCCAAAGCCACCUCCGCAGCACCCCCGAUGGACUCCGCAAAACGCAAGCUCGACGAGCUCAACCCCGCGAACGCAGACACCGAUGAGGAGCCUCACAGCAAACGUGCGCGCCCCUCUGAGCUGCCGCCACAGGAAGAAUACCAUCUGGCAGUAGCAUCCACCCAACAGCGUGAAGCCAUCAUCAACACGCGCAAGAGCAUCAAGCCCAAGCUAGGCGCCAGGAACGAGAAGUACGGCCAGGCUCAGGGCAUCGGCCCAGGACUCGAUGAAUGGGACGAUGGAGACGCCACCGAUAGCUCGACGAACGAGGCCAUGCAAUAUCUCCGCAGCGUAAGGCAAGAGGCAGACGCCAUUCCCGUCCUCGUCACCGCCCCGGCGCCUGAGAUCCUUGAAGGCGAAUCAGAUGAAGCGAUAUACAACGACGGCGUCGGAGAUAUGCGAGCAAUCUUUAGGGAUGGCGUAUGCAUGGCUGCACGAAGCGACAGCUCUUUAACACCCACCGAAACCUCCGAUGAAUGCCGCGGUCUAGCAGUUCCUGAUAUCAGUCCUCAAGAAGCAUACCGUGCUAUGCUACUUAAAGAGCUAGGAGGCUUGCGGGACUCAUUCAGCGGGACACCUCCACUCGAGGCACUGGACCGGUUGAGGGCGGCCAGCAAGACUCUGACUACAUUCAAUAGACUGAAUCACGCUUCCAUGACUCGGUGGAAUCCAAUCCUGAGGCAUACUUACCCUACACCUACGCAAAUCUCUCAGAUGAGCCAUCGGACAACUAUGCAUCUUAUUGCGGCGUUGGCCGAGUGCUUGAAGCCAAAUCGCAACAUCACACCUCAGCUGAGCUGCUGGAUCUGGGGUUUAUUUGGACGCAUUGGUGAAAGGGGAACAUUACAGGCUGAUGACGACUAUACUGUGCGAGAGCUCGGUAAGGCAGCUGUAGCAAUACGGUUAUCCCAUCUUGGUUAUGACGUCCAUCGGCCGUCUUUGGACUUGGAUGAAAGCGAUGAGCUAGGUGAAGACGGAUAUGAGCCUGCUGAAGGCCAGGACUCUGAGCACGACGAGCACAACAGCGAGCCUGAUGAAGAGAGCAGCACAUCACUGAAAGCUGAAGACCAAGACGCAAGUGCUGGAACGGAAACCAAGGGCCAGAGUACUAUUUCUGUCAAACCUCUAGACCAUCACCCUCAGGCCAACCCAUCCCUACUCAAAUGUGAAAGCGGAUCUGAAGAUGGCGAAAUAGCUGACGAUGACCCCUCCACGGUUGUCAGUUCUAUCGAAACAGCCAAAGGCAAUAUUCCAUCCACUCUCACAGUUGAAUCGCCAAAUCCAGAAACAUCUCCACAAGUAGACGCCGCUCCGAAGCGCGAGAGAGGCCCGAACAUCACACCGAGGCUUCCCAGAAACACUCGCAAGGCUAUAGUGAAAAAGAACAAUAGAGCUAGACGGGAAAGGAAAAAGGCUGAAAGGGCUGAACAAGCUUCUAUUGGCACCAAGCACCCUUCGACGGGCCCACACGGCUCCAAUCGCUCCUCAUACGACCCCGACCGCUUCGUGUCAUCAAACCCGCAGUUGGGGACCCGACGCUCGGUUUCUAAUACUCACAUGAAUAGCAACGACGCAACCCGAGGCAGACAGCAAACGCGCAACACGUCUUCGCCAGAGCCGUCGCCUGAUCCCUCACGCACGAGGAGGAACACGUCAUCCCCCGAGUUGUCACCGGGCCCGUAUCGCCGUCUUCGUCGCACUAGCACACCGGACAAGCAAACUUUUCCUUCCCGUGCGGAAGCCGAACGCAGCCGCCUCAUUCAAAACAAUGGUGCGAUUCCGCAGGUUGAUGGAGCUAAGGAGCAUGACGUACAUGUCGUAAAAGGUGGAGAUGAUGCAAUGGAUGUGGUAAUGGAACCUGAGGUCGACGACGGAGAAGUGGAGAAGGAACAGUGUAAAGAGGUAGAGGAGGAGGUGCCAAACAUGAACACGCUUGCGACCCUCGACAUGAUCAUCACGAUUGUAGGGGAGCGGUACGGGCAGCGGGAUCUCUUGGACGCUCGGGAAGUAUGGCAGCAUGCAGUUGAGGUCUAGGCGAGAUUGCGGAAGCUUUCUAUGUGCGAAUGCCCAAAUUCUAGUACCUAGGUACGAUCAGCCCUAGGUAAGGCUGAGCGCCUGAAAAUGCAAACUCGAGGGAUUUCGUGGAUUUACCCCAGCGACACAUUAACAAGCACAGGAGCAUGGCUAGAAAAACACAGCGUAAAUAAAUUUUCUCAAAUCUCUAUCUAUUCCAAAAAGAGUUG